AUGCGUCUUCUUGGAGUAGGACAGCUCUUCUUGUCAUUAGCCUUCUCUGGCAUUGCGUUGGGUUUCCCCGAUACAGGGAGCUUUCAUGUCGGUCGUGACCGCAGGAACUUGCACAAACGAUGCCCAUAUUCGAAUGGACAGCCUCAGGAAGCUUCAAAACAUGACAAGCGGUUUCUCUUUAGUGACAUGAAUACCCCGAUUGACAUCACUGGAGAGCAUGAAUUCCAACCGCCCAACUUCGAAAACGGAGAUCAACGUGGCCCUUGUCCCGGUCUCAACGCGCUGGCAAAUCAUGGAUAUAUCCCUCGAAAUGGCGUUGUAUCAUUUGCCAAUGUCAUAAUUGCGAUCAAUGAAGUGUAUGGCAUGGGAGUGGAUCUAGCCACAGUUCUUGCAAUCAUGGGCACUGUCUGGACUGGCAACCCACUAUCUUUGGAUCCCAGCUUUUCUAUCGGAGGACGCGACACCGGGGUCAACAACCUCCUUGAUAAUCUGGGAGGUCUGCUUGGCGAACCUCGUGGCCUUGAUGGCUCUCACAAUUUCAUCGAAGCUGAUUCUUCCAAUACGCGCGACGAUCUCUACAUUACGGGAAAUAACCACGCUUUGAACAUGAACAAAUUCAUGGCUUGGUACAACAUGUCCACCAAUGGUACCUUUGACAUGGAUCUCAUGGCAAAGCGCGCCAAGAUCCGCUUUGAGGAAAGCAUUCAAACGAAUCCCAAUUUUUACUAUGGACCUGUAACCGGUCUCAUUGCCCGUAAUGCCGGUUAUCUCUUCGCUGCUCGCAUGUUCCGAAACCACACCCAUGAAAAUCCGGAAGGAGUUUUGACCAAGAAUCACAUUCGGGAUUUCUACGGCAUUUAUGGCGAAGAGGGUAAUCUCACUUACCGCGAAGGUUGGGAGAGAAUCCCCGAAAAUUGGUACAGGACUCCUGUGGACUACGGUCUCAUCCAAUUGAACUUGGAUACUAUUGAUUGGAUUUUGAAGUACCCAGAGCUUGGCAGCAUCGGAGGAAACACUGGCACAGUGAACAGCUUCGCCGGAGUUGACCCAGCAGACCUAACAGGCGGUGUCCUCAACCCGACAACUCUCCUAGAGGGCAACAACUUGUUGUGUUUUGUCUUUGAGGUACUGAAGUUUGCUAGUCCAAAUGGGCUCGAUGAUUUGUACAAGACAGUGGCUGAACCGCUAGAGUUCAUCACUAACAUCCUUGCUGUUCCUGUGUUGAAUCUUACCUGCCCAGCCUUUGAAGAUCUCCAAAUUGAUGGAACUCCUUUCUGGGAGGCGUUACAGAAUGAUUUCCCGGGCGCUUUGAAAAGUGGAAGUUCCUUUUGA